GCCUUGAAGAAACCUAUGGUAGAAGGGUAGGGGUUGUGGCCUGAUGGGAAGGAAGGGCGGCUCAAAGUUAAUGUUGCCUAUGGUAGGGGCGCAGUGGGUGCACACAAAACAGGAAUUAGUGUUAAAGCAGUGGAAAGUGACAUGGCUGCUUCGUGACCCACCAUGUCUUCCCCUACAAGUUCUCUGGAUACACCUGUGCCUGGGAAUGAUUCUCCUCAGCCUAGUACCUCCGCUUCACCAACCAUCAAGGAGGAGGGCCAGGAGACUGAUGCACCUCCAGGCCCCGAAGGGUCCAGUUCUGCCUACAUCGUAGUCAUCUUAGAGCCAGAGGAUGAGCCGGAGCGCAAGCGGAAGAAGGGUCCCGCCCCGAAGAUGCUGGGCCACGAGCUGUGCCGCGUGUGUGGGGACAAGGCUUCGGGCUUCCACUACAACGUUCUCAGCUGCGAAGGCUGCAAAGGCUUCUUCCGGCGCAGCGUGGUCCAUGGCGGGGCUGGGCGCUAUGCCUGCCGAGGCAGCGGAACCUGCCAGAUGGACGCCUUCAUGCGGCGCAAGUGCCAGCUGUGCCGGCUGCGCAAGUGCAAGGAGGCUGGCAUGCGGGAGCAGUGUGUGCUUUCUGAGGAACAGAUUCGCAAGAAAAAGAUUCAGAAGCAGCAGCAGCAGCAGCCACCCCUGGCUGAGCCCGCAUCAAGUAGCGCGGCCCGGCCGGUAGCCUCCCCUGGCACUUCCGACGCUGGUGGCUCCGGGGACGGCGAGGGCAUCCAGCUGACAGCGGCGCAAGAGCUGAUGAUCCAGCAGCUGGUUGCUGCGCAGCUGCAGUGUAACAAACGCUCCUUCUCCGACCAGCCCAAAGUCACGCCCUGGCCUUUGGGUGCAGACCCUCAGUCCCGAGAUGCCCGUCAGCAGCGCUUUGCCCACUUCACGGAGCUGGCCAUCAUCUCAGUCCAGGAGAUUGUGGACUUUGCCAAGCAGGUGCCAGGCUUCUUGCAGCUGGGCCGGGAGGACCAGAUCGCCCUCCUGAAGGCAUCCACCAUCGAGAUCAUGUUGCUGGAGACGGCCAGACGCUACAACCAUGAGACAGAGUGUAUCACCUUCCUGAAGGACUUCACUUACAGCAAGGAUGACUUCCACCGUGCAGGGUUGCAGGUGGAGUUCAUCAACCCCAUCUUCGAGUUUUCUCGGGCCAUGCGUCGGCUGGGCCUGGAUGACGCUGAGUAUGCCCUGCUCAUUGCCAUCAACAUCUUCUCAGCGGACCGGCCCAAUGUGCAGGAGCCCAGCCGUGUGGAGGCUCUGCAGCAGCCCUACGUGGAGGCUCUCCUCUCGUAUACUCGCAUCAAGCGGCCGCAGGACCAGCUGCGCUUCCCGCGCAUGCUCAUGAAGCUGGUGAGCCUGCGCACCCUCAGCUCUGUGCACUCGGAGCAGGUCUUUGCCUUGCGACUCCAGGACAAGAAGCUGCCUCCUUUGCUGUCCGAGAUCUGGGAUGUGCACGAGUAGGGGCUGUCCGGCGUGCCCCAGAUUGGUGGCAUCUUCUUGCAGAUGGACGCUGCGCCUUUCAUCCUGGGGUGGGAGGACGCUGCGCCUUUCAUCCUGGGGUGGGAGGACACGGUCAUGGCCCAGCCCUAACGGGCUCAGCCUUAAGCCCAGAAGCAGUUGGCACCAGGAGGCCCCUCCUUACCCGCCGAGUCUUCCAGGAGGCGUGGAGGUCACAGGUCCUGGCCUCUGACCUUCCCAGGCUGCCCUCCUACUCAUCUUACACCUCAUCCGACCACGCCAUGCACCUUGAGUGGAAGGAGGUGAGGGCUGGUGUCUUCCCACAGUAGGGAGAUCACAGGCCCCUCCUCCGUCUCUUUUAUUUAAUUAAAAACAAAAACAAGGAAAUAAAGUUGAAUGCAAGCCAA